AUGUCUUUAAAACUACCUCGUAACUGGGACUUCAGCACCUUCAAGGCUGAGACAGCUCGCAUAGCGCGAUCCAAGAGUGUUAUACCUGGAGAGGGAGGCCCCUGCCAGGGCUCCCCCCGUUCCCCCAGGUCCAUGGAGAGGCCACUGAAGGCCGGCUGGCUCAAGAAACAGCAGAGGUCUUUAGUCAAGAACUGGCAGCAGCGUUACUUUGUGCUGAGAGGAAGCACGCUGACCUACCACAAAGAUGACAAGGAGACCACUGUCCAGGGAGUCAUCCAGCUGCGGUUCAGUAAAGUUAAUGAACUCCCUCUGAGCUCAGAUGACCCUGGGAAAUACCUCUUCGAGAUUAUACCACGUACAAGUGGAGACAGAGAGCGAUGUCCUUAUGUGUUCAUGGCAAACUCCCAGAGUGACAUGGAGGAGUGGGUCCGCGCUCUGCGCAAGGUCAUUGGAGUACCAACAAGCGGAGUGUUUGGAAAGGGUCUCAUGGACACAGUAACGUAUGAGCAACGGUUUGGGCCCCACAUGGUGCCAAUCCUGGUGCAGAAGUGUGUGGAGUUCAUCAAAGAACAUGGCCUGAAUGAGGAGGGCAUCUUCCGCCUCCCGGGUCAGGACAAUGCUGUCAAACAGUUCAGAGAUGCCUUUGAUGCAGGAGAGAGGCCCUCCUUCCCCAGUGACACAGAUGUCCACACAGUGGCGUCACUGCUCAAGUUGUACCUGCGAGAGCUACCUGAGCCUGUGGUGCCCUGGACUCAGUACCAAGACUUCCUUGACUGCACCAACUUGCUGGACUUCAGCAACACGGAGGGCUGGGAAAAGUUGGAGAAACAAAUCGCUCUUCUCCCCAGAAUGAACUACAACCUCCUCAGUUAUGUCUGCCGGUUUUUGUUUGAGGUGCAGCUGCACUCCAAGGUGAAUAAGAUGAAUGUGGAGAACUUGGCUACAGUGAUGGGGAUCAACCUGCUCAAACCUCAGAUAGAAGACCCCAUCACUGUGAUGAAGGCGACUCCUCAGAUCCAGAAGCUGAUGACAGUGAUGAUCAGACAGCAUGAGGCUCUGUUUCCUCUCUCCAAAGAUGUGCUUCCCUCCCCUCCUUCAAGCAAGGCUGAAAGCCAAAAGAACACUCCACGAAGCUUUGUGGGCUGGGAGUCUGCAGAGAUGGGUGACGCAUCUCUAUCCGAGUCUCCAGAAGAAGAGGAGGACAAUGACAGUCCAGGUCUAGACAGGGGAAACUGCAACUCCCAAAAAACACUUCAGGAGCCUCUCUCAUCUACCACAGACGACUGGCUUGGAAGUCCCCGCAAACGCACGCAGACCCUGCCCACAUUCAACUGCCCGCUCACCGGGAUGGCAGCCAAGGCCGACGCCCUCAACCGGUGGAGUAACAUCCAGGAGACCGUGGAGGAGAAGAGCGGGACAUUGUCAGAGGACAUUUUUAAGAUACUGGAUCUCCGGAGUUCAGGUUCAUUGUUCGGGGGGUCUCCGAUGACUAAAAAGGAAGGAGAGGAUAGGUUAACAGCCAGAAGAGGAAGUGACAACACAGGUUCUUCUACUACUGGCUCCCAAAAACCUGUCAGUGACUCCGGGCCUGCUCGGAUGCUGUCUCAUCAACAGAGUGUUGGGACCGUGACAGUGAGCGGUUCAGUUCAGCAGGUCAACAGAGGGUGUGAGAAGAAGCAAGACAGCCAGCAGCUUGUAGACAGUCUGCAAAAGGAGAAUGAGGAACUGAAGACCACAGUAGCAGAGCUCCAGUCGGCUCUGGAGGAAGAUCGACGCCGUGUGGCUGCUCUGGAGAUCUGCCUGAGAAAUGCAGAACGCAGCCGGGACGAGGCCCAGAGACGCAAUGCGGAGCUGCAAAGAGAGAUUCAGGAGUUCCUCACCAAAAAGCCACAUACUCCUACCUAACAGUCAUUUUCAGACUCACUAGUAUAUGGAUUUAUGACUCUGAGCUAAUUUCCCAUGAACUGGUUAUGGGAAGUACUAUUGUCCUCUAGUGGGACACUGGAUUGUGGGAUUGGAUAAAUUAUUGGCUCAUUUGUUUGUGCCAGUGCCACACAAAAUACUAUUUGUCAUAUUUGGAGUAAAUAUUAUUUGAUGUUUCAUUUAAGUGGUAAAUUAAUAAAACAGCACAAAUGUGA